AGCUCCUCAGCUCCACCCAUUUCGCCGUCGGUAAAAACGAGUACCACCGACCGAGACAUUACGGAGAAGCACAGUCGACGCGACGUCGUCCUUUGGAAUUUUGCCAGUGUAACAUCUGGAACUGCCUGCUUCUUAUAAUCCACCAAAAGCCACAAUGCCGAACUGGGGCGGAGGCAACAAGUGCACGGCGUGCCGCGGCACGGUGUACCACGCCGAGGAGGUGCAGUGCGACGGCAAGAGCUUCCACAAGGGCUGCUUUCUCUGCAUGGUGUGCAGGAAAGGUCUGGACAGCACCACGGUGACCAUUCACGACCAAGAGAUCUACUGCAAGUCGUGUUACGGCAAGAAGUACGGUCCGAAAGGCUACGGCUACGGGCAGGGGGCUGGCACGCUCAACAUGGACCGAGGGGAGCGGCUGGGGAUCAAACCCGAGCAGUCGCCGUGUCACAGGCCCACCACCAACCCCAACCCGUCCAAGUUCGCCCAGAAGUUCGCAGGAUCGGAAAAAUGCGCUCGCUGUGGCGACUCCGUGUACGCCGCAGAGAAGAUUAUGGGUGCGGGCAAGCCGUGGCACAAGAACUGCUUCCGCUGCGCCAAGUGCGGCAAGAGCCUGGAGUCCACCACCCAGACGGACAACGAAGGAGAAAUCUACUGCAAGGCUUGUUACGCCAAGAACUUCGGGCCGAAAGGAUUUGGCUUCGGCCAAGGAGCGGGCGCCCUGGUCCACGCAGAGUGACAACACGGCCACCAGUACUCACCGCUUGUUUGCUUUUAAGACUUCUCAAAUAAAACAAUAAACCCCUCACAUAAAAGUUCA